AUGGAUGGUACGGCAACAGCGUUGGAGGUUUGUCCUGAUGGAAAAUCGUUAGCAGUUGGAAACGCUGAAAAAGAUUUAAUUAUUAUUCGUACUUUCAAAAAUAGUGAUUUUGAAGAAACUGAUCGACAACAACGACAUAAUUCACGAAUUGUCGAUAUUGCAUUCAAUCCAACUGCAGAUCUAAUUGCAACUUGCUCUAAUGAAGCCAAUGUUUAUAUUACAUCCUACAAAGCUGGAACAGCAAAAAUUGGGUCCGGAAGUAUGAAGAUAAAAAUGAAUGAUGCGGUACGUGUUGUACGAUUUGUUGAAGAUCAUUUUACACAUUCCAACUUGUUGGUUUCUGGUGUUGGACGUCGUAUAUGUAUUACCGAUUGUUCAUCUGGAACAACGUUCAAAGAUUUUGUUGGACACACAGGUACAGUAACAUCGUUGUUUAUGUGGGGUGGUUGUAUGUUUGCAAGUUCAUCAAGCGAUAAAACAAUUCGAGUAUGGGAUAUGCGUGUUGCCGAAUCCAUUAGAAUAUUUGAUCCGUUACCAAAGCCAGCGUUAGGAGCAACGACGUUUCAGGUGGACAGUACCGGACGCCUUCUAUUUCGUGGUGAUGGUGCCGGUCUUAUUCAUGUGAUCGAUAUUAGUAGCAAUAAGAAGAUUAAUUCAAAGAAAUUGCUGAAUUCCCCAAUUACUUAUUUGCAAAUUUCUCGAUCGAAACGUUUUCUGCUAGCUGUUGAUCAACAAACGAUUCAACUAUGCGAUUAUUCAGAUAUUUGUUGCGUUCCGGCACCAUCACUGAUCUCCAACGUUGAAUCGAAAUUUGUUGCUGCAAGGUUAGACUUUCAUAUAAGAUUUGAUGUAUAA